ACCGCAUCGCUGGGGAGGUUGUUUUUAUUUUUGUACCACGUUUUUGUUUUCAUCACCGUAGUCUAUUUUGAACUUUGAACUUUUUGGGAAAAAUGACGAGUUGUACGCUCUGUCAAAUUCUCGGAUUAAUUGUUAGAUAUUACCUAUACGCGUGGGUCGCUUCAUUGAGCAUAUGGCUGGGACUUUUGCUAUUAUCAAAAGUCGGCAAAGAUGGAAGUAAAUUCAAAUAUUACGCAAAAUAUGGAAUGAUUUACUUUGCUACUCAGGCUUUCACGACACUUUUUGCGCCCAUUUCACUUUUUCGGCCAAUGAAUCCCGAGAAUGUGCGCAUCAUAGGAGCGGUUAUUGCUCGACUCUCAUCACUGCUACCUAUCACGUGGGAGCUAAGAAACGCCGAUAUUCUCAAAAAUAACAAGGGAGCAGUUGUGAUGUGUAAUCACCAGUCUUCGAUGGAUAUUCUAGGAAUGUUCAUAAUCUACAACAGCAUGGGUAACGUCAUUCCAAUCGCAAAGCGUGAAAUGCUGCUGCUGGUUCCUUUCGGGCCGGCGGCUUUGCUGGCCGGAGUAACGUUUAUCAAUCGCAAGAACCGGGCCUCGGCCGUCGAAACGAUGAACGGAUGCAAGCGAAAAAUGGUCAACGAGGGCUUCAAGAUGUAUCUGUUUCCCGAGGGCACCAGGUAUCCGGAACGAGGAAUGCUCCCAUUCAAGAAGGGUGGUUUCCACACGGCCAUUGAAACGGGACUGCCCAUCAUUCCGAUUGUCUACUCGCACAUGUACUUCAUCGAUGGCAAAAAGUAUCUGUUCAAGCCAGGGCAUGUAGUGGCCAAAGUGCUGGAUCCCAUUCCGACGAAGGGACUCACGAAGGACAACCUGGACGACCUGAUGGCACGGACCAGGGACAUCAUGCUGGUCGAAUACGAUAAGCUGUGUGCAGAAAUGGACGCCAACCUGGCUAAUCCUCGAUGGGUGGCUCAGACGCGGCCUCGAUUUGCGACCUUUGAUAGUAGAAAAUCUCGCUGAUAGUGGGCGAUAAUUUUU